ACAAGACAGUGGACUUCAACUGUUGCACCUCCUUCUUGCUUGUGCGGAAGCAGUGUCGAAAGAGGACGACUACAUGUUAGCAAGAAAAUACCUACAUCACCUGAACAGAGUAGUUUCUCCUCUUGGCAAUCCCAUGCAAAGAGUCGCCUCUUGCUUCACCGAAGCCCUAAGCGCGCGCCCAGCCGCAACCCUAACUGCGAAACCAACCGCCUUAACUUCAAAACCUACCCUUCAAUCCUUUCCCACCAAACUCCUUAGAAAUCCUCAAAAUCUAUCAAAUCCUGAGGAACGCGUUCAUGUCAUUGACCUGGAUAUCCUCCAGGGCUACCAGUGGCCAGCCUUCAUGCAAGCCCUGGCUGCUCGGCCCGGUGGAUCCCCGUUUCUCUGCAUAAUCGGUGAACAACUCAAGGACAGCAAAGCCCACAUGUUCAACUGCCGGGUGGGUGAGGCUUUGGCGGUCAACGCCGUCAGCUGCCUCCACCGUGUUCCCGGAAACUGCCUAGGGAACGUCUUGGCCAUGAUCCGUGACCAAGCAGUAAACAUCGUAACCCUAGUGGAAAAAGAAGCCAGUCAUAACGGACCAUACCUUCUUAGGCAGAGGGCGAAAGUGGAGCAGUACAUAUUUGCACCGGAGAUGAAGAACAUUGUGGCGUAUGAGGGACCAGAGAGGAUAGAGAGGCAUGAGAGGCUGGACAAGUGGAGGAAGAGAAAGGAUUCAAGGGGGUGCCCCUGAGUGCUAAUGCAGUCACCCAAUCCAAGUUAUUGCUGGGGCUGUAUUCGUGCGAUGGGUACAGAUUAACGGAAGAUAAUGGUUGCUUGCUAGCUGUUGGGGUGGCGAGAUAGGGACAUUCUUGCUGCUUCUGUGUGGAGUUGCUGAACCUCAUCAUCAACACUUGUCCAUCUUUGUGCUGGAAUUAAUUUUAGAUGCAUGU